AUGCAGACGCUCUUUGAGGGCAGCGAGGAGAACCCUGGAAUAGCUGGACUUGGCAUUUUGCCUGGGAAGGUUUCGAGGUUUCCUACCUCCCUGGGCUUGGCGGUGCCCAACAUCAACUGGAGCGGUGUUGCUCCGAUGUUGGCAGAUCCCUGGCCCCUUGUGGCGGACCAACCGCGCUGUUACUUCGUCCACUCCUACCGCGUGCCUAUGCCGGAGUCUGGCCAUGCGCCUUGGGCGCUAGCGUGCUCCGAGUAUGGCGAACGUUUCGUCUGUGCUGUACGGCGUGGAAACUGCGUAGCCACCCAGUUCCACCCGGAGAAGAGUGGCACUGUUGGGCUUCAAUUGUUAGACCGCUGGCUGAAGGGUGGAGGCCCUACCGGUGAGGCAGCCGUGGCGCCUGCGGCCUCGCCGAGCCCGGUGCCGCCGGCAAGGAGGAUCAUCGCAUGCUUGGACGUGCGGUCCAAUGAUGCCGGUGACCUUGUUGUCACUAAAGGUGACCAGCACCUAG